UUAGCAAUUUAGAAGACCACUCCUUUAGAAAAAAUAGGCAUUCCAUUACAUUUGCUAAAAGUGAAACAGCUUUGCUUGAUUAACAAGAACAUUUUGAGUUAUAUCAUCAGGAAGAAGUGUCUUGAUUUGCAGUUUGAAACUUUGCAAAAAUAUUCAACAGUAAUCCUGAACAAGCUGAAGUACUUUUCAUUUGGGCAAAGUUUAUCGAAGAACAAGCAGAUAAAAUUAAAUCACCAAAAUCAUGGCACUUAUCCAGAUAAUUCAGACAAUGUUUACCGCGGCACUGGUGGGUUUUAAGGAAUGCCAAGGUUAUGAAUUUACUACAUAUCCACCCCAGAUUGUAAACAUGUCAACUGAUUCAUUCCUACAGCAGUUGUUUGUGGAGUGGAAUGUUAGUCAUCUGGCCUAUGAAGCCCAAGUAAACAUGACAUUUCAGAUUCAGCUCACUAGAUCAGAAAAUCUGGAGCUGGUUGUUAUGAAGAACUACAGCAAAAGUCUAAAGAAGACAGACACUGUUCUGAGAUGGGUUUGGGAGUCAGAUUUACCACUCGAAUGUACAUCUCACUCAAUAAGAAUUCGAAGUAUUGUGGAUGACAAAAAAUAUUUGGAUGCCAAAAUAUGGAGUGAGUGGAGUGAAUGGAAAACAAUCUGGGGAUUAGAUACUGCAAAUAUCACUGAAGCAUCUGUCUUCCCAGAUGAGAAGAUUGUAAAGGAAGGCACAAAUAUUACUUUUUGCUGCAUAAUUCCAAAAGGAGCCAGAAUUCAGCGUAUGACAUACGGCCAGAAAAUAUUCCCUGUCAUAUUCAAAAACAACAGAACUACAGCAAUUAAAGUGCACAAUGUUCCCAUACCAAAAAAUGGAAAUAGUAACCUCAUUUGCACUUGGACAAUGAACAAAACUAGGACACAUGAUGGGACAGUUCUGUUUGUUGGAAAUCCUCCAGAUGUGCCACGGAAUCUUACCUGUGAAACUCAGGAUCUACGGGAAAUGAUUUGUUCUUGGCAUCCAGGGAAAGCAACUAAUCUGAUCACAGAGUACAGCAUUUUUGAACAGUUCUCCGGAAAAUAUUCACCCUGCACUGAGUCCAGAGAAAGUAGUUCCAGCUAUCGGUGUAAAUGGGUAAUCAACAGCACUCAGGAAAACUACAACCUCACAGUGAAGGCUAAAAAUUACCUAGGAGAAUCAGAAUCUAGUAUAUUUGUGGAUGUAUUUCAUAAAGUACAUCCAUUACAGCCUAGUGAAUUUAAAGUAGCUGCCAUUAAUGCUACAGCUGUAACUGUCUACUGGUGUUUGAAUGCAAAUUACAGCAUAAUUCAAUUACUCUGCCAGACUGAAAUUUAUAUGAAGAAUAAAACUGCUAAGCUGCACUACAGUUCUUUGGAAGGACAACUGCCUUCGAUAUGUUAUAGCACUGCAGUUGGCAAUCUGCAUCCAUAUACCAAUUAUUCAUUUAGAACUCGCUGUGCUACUGCCAAGCAUUUUUGGAAAUGGAGUGCCUGGAGUGAAAAAGAAAGUCUAGUAACAGAUCAAAUGGUUCCAUCAAUGGCACCAGAUACGUGGAUACAGAUUGUAGAGGGAAAUGGUGGCCAUAAUGUUAAAAUACUCUGGAAGACCUUACCAGAUUCAGUUGCUAAUGGCCGCAUUGACCACUAUAGUAUAAGAUGGACAACAUCACAAGUUGGGAAGUCUGACUCUACAGUUAAGUAUAUUCCUGCCAACACAACAAACAUUACUGUAUUUAUUUCUAAUGAACAGUGCAGAAUUGAAGUAAAAGCAAGGACCUCUGUUGGAUGGUCUCCGCCUUCAGUGAUACUAAUUCCCCACAUUACAGAAAAUGAAGUCAUUGAAGAAGGAAGAGUCAGUGCUACUGGUGAUGGACUUUGCUUAUCCUGGAAGCAUGACCCAUAUGUGAUAGAUGGCUAUGUUGUAGACUGGUGCAAUUCACCCUUUUCACCAGGUUGUGACCUGCAGUGGAAGAAAAUUCCUUCUAAUGCAACAUCUGUGAUUAUCAAGUCAGCUAAAUUCAAGCCUGGUUUGAGGUACAGAUUUGGUAUAUAUGGAUUUAAAAUUGAUGGAGCCCAUCUGCUUGAGAAGAAAGUGGGGUAUAUUAAAGAGCUAGCUCCAGAAAUGUCACCUUCAAUCCAUAUAACUGAAACAAAACCACACAUAAUAGUAAUGAACUGGACGUACCCAGCAAAUGAUGAGAUGCAGCCUGGAUUUAUUAAAGGGUACUAUGUCUAUGUAAGAAGGCGACAUGCUACAUGCAUCCAGUACUCUGAACGCAACUCUUUCUCAGAUAGCACUGAUUGCCAGAAAAUUAAAAUUGAAGAACCUAAACAAAAAAGUUACGUUCUUCGAGAUCUUAAGCCAAAUACGGAAUACCUACUUAUGGUAACAGCCUUUACUGCUGGAGGAGAAAGUCCAGGAGAAUCUACUAUUCAAGUUGGUACAACAAAUGACAAUGAGGCAGUGGUCUACAAAGUCAUUUUCUGGGUCUUUGGUAUAGCAGCAGUAAUGGUAUCAUUGGUCACAUUGGGUAUCUGGAAAAAAACAUGGUUUAAGAUGACUUUGUGUCCAGAUAUCCCAAAUCCAAACAAAAGCAUGGUCCUCAAACUGGGAAGUCCUUUGAUGAAGGCACAUGCAGAGUCACCAACACUGAAAAUGAGCCCUUGCAUUAUCAACAAACUAGAGGUGCUAAGACUUAUAAGAGACCAAGUUACAUUGGAUGCCAAACUUCAUAAGAUAAUAUCAGCUGAAAAAAGCAGCAGUUUCAUGUUUCCAGAAGAGUACCAAUUUGAAGCCAAGUACCAGCCUUUUCAUUAUGUUUCUCAGAUGUACCCUACCUGUAAUUCAGAACAGAACCUUGGCUUUGUUACUCACCUGACUGCUUCCAUUAUUGGCACAGAAAGCUUUACUGAUGUUCUAUACCCCUGCAAUAUGUCAGCAUGGAUCACCUCACAAAACCACCUAAACAUGGACUUCGAAAUUAACCAAUACAGUGAACACAUAAUUAAUCAUCACCAGUUAUGUUCCAUUGCUCAAAGUGAUUAUGCAUCUACAAAAGAUAAUUGCUUUGAACACAGUUCUGGUUACAAGCCUCAGGUACAAAUAAUCAGCAGUGUCUGUAAAGAAGAAAUACCGUCAUUUUCAAAUACAACACACACAGAGGAGCCCUCCGAUGUGAAAAAAAUCUCAUAGCACUUUCUGAACCUUAUAAAUCAGAUACAUGCAAAUAGGCAUGAAGCUGAGCAUAACUACUGUUCUAAAAGCAUACACAUUGAAAGCCUGGUACUUUCUUUUAUAUGUGUGUACCUGCAUCUGUUUAGAAAUUAGAACCUUUGUACUGCAGAAUAUAAGCAUUUCUAGAAAUUAAACUGAGAGACACAGUACAGAAUAUUCUCAAAGAAUGGAAACCAGGUCUCAGUAGGCAUGACUAAAAAUGACUGUUCUAGCAAUGCUAUUUUUUAAGCUAAAAAGAGAUUGUUGUCACCUUUAUAUGUUUAAGAUACUAUAACAAUCUCUAAUGUAUUAGUUAUUUUGUUGUUAACAUCUGUGAUAUUUAUUGGAGACUGCUUUCAUAAUAUAGUAUUUAAAUGGACAGAAUUUUUAACUCUUUCCUUCUAGAGUAGAUGUAGCACUGUUACAAUCUACAUCCUGAACUUCUGUAGGCAAGACUCAAGGCAGAACCACAGAGCAAACCGAUAUUAUGGUCUGCAGAAGUGUAAAUUUUGCUAUUUUUUCCCUUAUUUCAAAGGCAAUUUUAUUAAGAUUACCAAAAUGACUUCUUAUUAAACAUUAAGUCUGUUUCUGUGUCUGAGAAAUUAUGCAAAAAGCAUAAAGCAUCAGUAUCACUUUUAUCCAUCAUGACAUUUUGAAUAUGUUAUGUAUUUUUUAAGUUGUCUGGUCUUUGAAGUAUUAAUGAAAAUACAGAAAGUAUUUGCAGUUUGAUAAAUAGAUGUAUUACUGAACACUAAAUAUGUUAUAUAUAAAAUACAAAUUAGUUAUUUCAUAAGAUGUAUCGCAGUCUUUCAAAAACUGAAUGUUUUCUGAAAUAGUAACAAAACAAUGAAUGACUGUCUUUUCAUAAAUUCCAUUCAGACAAGAGUAUUUCAAUAAAGGU